GUCGACAGUGUUUCACAAACUUCUGAUAGCGGCUGCUCUUGGCGCUAGGAUCAGGGAGUGACGACAGUCAGGGAGAAAGGUGAAAGAACAGUCUACCAGCUCGCUCUUCUCUGUGAGGGCUACAGUGACUGAGGACAUGCCUGGGGGGCUCAAGGAAUCCUGAGGUCAAAACCAGAGGAUAUUUCUACUGCUCUCUGUUUCUCCUCUCAACGCUGCUCCGUCAGAUUUCUCUGUGUAACUGGGCCUCUGCGUCUGCCUGGUCUGGUUGUACAUUCACCUCCUCUGCUGCUUGUUCAUAUUUCUCCUCCUGAACCGCUGUGGCUUCUUUCCCCUCCUUUUUCUCUCGGCAGUCCUGGUGUCCCUUGUUUGCCCUCUUCCUCGUGGCCCCUCCUCCCUCCCCAAUACCCGGCUCUCUGCCUCUCCCUCGCUGUUCAGAAUUCCCUGGUUCUUGUUCUCUCCCCAGUCUCUCCCUUUUGUUUCCUACUCUCACUCACUCCCUGCAUCUCCCUGCACUCACCCUCUCUCUGAUCCCUUCUCUCUCUCUCUGUGCAGUCUCAUUCCCUGUUCCCCUCUUCCAGUCUCACUCCCUCUAUCUCCCCUAGCUCUUGACUAACUCCCUCUCUAAUCCCUGUCCUCUGUCCAGUUGCAAGCCCUCCUGUCUCUCUCCUCCAUUUCCCAUUCCUCACUCACUCCCUCUAUCUCUCCAGCCUCUCUUGUCUCACUCCCUCUCUCAUCUCCACUCUCUCCCCAGUCUUGUCCCUGUUUCUCACUCGAUACUCCCUCCAUCUCCCCAACAUCUCUAAUCCCACUCCCUCUGUAUCUGCAUUCUAUUUGUUGUCUCACCCCUUUUCCCCCUUCUCCUGUCUCUCUCCCUCUCUGAUUCUCACUCUCUCCCAGUCUCACCCCCUCUGAUUCCCAUUCUCUCUCCCUCUCUCUCAUUUCAUUCUGUAUCUCUCUCUCCCCAGUCUUACUCUUUUUCCACUCUUUCAUCUUUCUUUCCCAAUUCCAGACCAUCUCCUCCUCUCAGUCUCUUUGUCUCAUUUCCUGUCCUGCCGUCGACCCUUUUUCCUUCCCUUCUCCCUCAAUUAUUGUCUCUGUACCCUCUUUCUCCCUGCCUGUACCCUCGCUGUAAAUAUCUUGCACUGAAUCUCUAAAUCCCUCGAUAGCUAACACUUUAUUUCUGCGUACACCACCAUAUUGCCUCCUAACUGCCUCUUUCUCUCCAUCUCUCUGUAUACCUAUCAUCCUUUCCCUUUAGACCUUGGUGUCCCACACUCGCACUCUCUGCCCCAAUGUAUUCACCGCUCUAUGUAUCAAGGCUUCCUGCCGCCUCUCUGCCCCCACUGCUGCUGCUGCUCCUCCUGUUCCAGGUUCCAGGGCUGGGGGGCAGCUGCUCCACGCAAAGCCUCAGUCAGGACGCAGUUCUUGCAAAGGUGCGGGACAAAAUUCUUCAGAGCCUGGGCUUGGCCGAAGCACCACGGACCUGUAACCAAACUAGACUGGAUACACCAAAACCCUUCAGCCAUCCAGGGCUGGAACGACACCUGAACCAAUGGGCUACCCACCAAAAGCCCAACAAGGACGAUGACACGUCGCAGGUCAUUUCCUUCCCUAUUACAAAUGUCCCGUGUGAUACGCAGUUUGAAGGGUUUGCCGAUGGCCAUAGCUACAUCUUCCAGCUGUCCAUGCACCCUCACCGGCACUUGGUGACCUCUGCUGAGCUCUGGUUUUACACCGGGAUCCGCCAGUUCACCCCAGUGGCCAGAGCGCGGCCUCUGGCCGAACUCUACUUCCUCAUCGAGGACAGCUUUGUCAGAGUGCCCAACAGCGUGGAAGUGAAAGGAAGCUGGGUGGUCUUCCACAUCUCUGAGCCGUUCCUCCCCUACAUCAUGCACAGGGUGCUCGUCCUGCAGAUCAGGUGCCCCACCUGCCAGUGCGUUGCGGAUCAGAGCAAGCUGCCCUUCAUCCUGUCCACUAUCAAGUCCAUGAGGCCUGGAAGGUCGAGGCGCUCAUCUGUCCCUUGGUCUCUGGCCUACGUCAAACUGCUUCAAAGACCGCUGAGGCCAGAGCUAAUCCGGGACGACUGCCAGCGCUCCGCCAUCAACAUCACUUUCAAGGAGCUGGGUUGGGGCAACUGGAUUGUCCACCCAAGGAGCUUUAUUUUCUACUAUUGCAAUGGGACCUGUUCCAACUCCAACAGACUGACCUCUAGCCCUGGUCUCAGUCUGUGCUGCACCUCUGUCCCUGGCACACUGAAACCCCUCAGAGUGAGGACGACAUCUGACAGCGGCCUCACCUUCAAGUACGAGACCAUCCCCAACAUCAUCACUAGGGAGUGUGGCUGCAUCUGAAGCUGGUUCAGCCCUGCCCUGUCGUGAAGCUUGAUCUUGAUCUCACACAUACACUACAGGGAGCAAAGAUCACAUCAAUGUUAAUCCCUUCUGAAAUGCUUUCCCUAACUAAUCAUAAAGAUCUCACCCUGCCAGGUUCAGGAAAACACCACCCUACAACCAUCAGGCUCCUGAACCAGCCUGGAUAACUUCACUCACAACUGAUUCCACAACCUACAGACUCACCAUCAAGGACUCUUACUAAUGCAUGUUUUCAGUAUUAUUUUGCUUAAAUUUGGCAUGCCAUAUAAAACUUUAACAAACUUCUAUAGAUCGGUAUAUCCUGACUAGUUGCUUCAUGGCCUGGUAUGGAAACUUCAAUGCUCAGUAAAGGAAAAGUCUACUAAGAGUAGUGGAUGCAGCCCAGUCCAUCACAGGCAAAGCCCUCCCCACCACUGAGCACAUUUACAAGGAGCACUUCCGCAAGGAAGCAUCCAGCAUCAAGGAUCCCACUAUCCAGGCCAUGUUCUCUUCUACAAGAACCUUAGGUCCCACACCACCAGCUAUCACCCUACAACCAUCAGGUUGCUGAAGCGGUGUAGAUAACUUCACUCACCACAACUCCAAAUCAAUUCUACAACCUACAGGCUCACUUUCAAAGACUCCGCAACUCAAGUAAUAUUUUGUUUGCACGAUUUUGGUUGCUUGACAUUCUUUGUUUACGUAUAGUUUUUCGUAAAUUGCAUUGUUUUUUUUAAUGCCAGCAUGAAAAUUAAUCACAAGGUAUGGUCCUUUCCUGAACAUAUGUACUUUGAUAAUAAAGUUUACUUUGAACUUUGUACUUUGAGAGAGAAAA